GCUCAGUGUGGGCGGUGUGCGGGGGCGCGAGGAGGGAGGUGCCCGGCGCCGCGCCGCUCUGGGAAUCGGCCUUCGCGUCAGCGAUUGGACGCCCAGCGACUUGGGCUGGGAAUCCUGUGCUCCGAGGACGCCUGGCGGGGGCGCUCGUCCGGUAUCGGGAGGCUUCGAAAGUCUCACUGCCGGAAGCAGCCGACCUCUGGGGCCUGGAUUUAUCUCACAAAAGAGUACUUCUUCAUAGGAAAAUGAAGCGCUUGAAGCACUUCUCAAAGGCAUCAGUGACUGAUGUUCCGAAACCAGAUAAGCCAGGCUCAGGAAAAGACCACAAAGUGCAUUUGCCAAAUACUGUAAAGGGAAAGGAACUACAACAAACUAAAAAGGAUAUUUCAGCCCAAAGGAUACAGAGAGCCUGGUUAUCUUAUAUGGACAAAACAAUAUUUCACCUCCUAAAGCACACAAUUCGUGCAGCAGAGCUUCAUCUGACACAUGAAAUACUGAAGGAAGUGAGCCCCUUAGAGGCUAAGCUUGUGAAAGAUCCUAGCCUGAAGUGUAAAGUCAGAUUCAGAUUUAGUGGUGAAACAUUUCCACCUGUCAUCGUAUUUAAAAUUUUUCUCCAUACCGAAGGCCAUGGUUACAAGUAUUUCAGUGGAAAAAAGUUCUUAAAGCCAUCAAGUGAGGCAGUGGCUGAUGCUUGCAAAAUGAUGGGGAAAAAGAAAUUUUGUCAUCAAGUUAUGGAAGAUGAACGUUUUUUCCAGAAGUUCAAAAUAACCGAUGAAAUUGAUAUUGUCACCCUGAAAGAUUACAUGCAAUACUCCAGUCUUCUGGACGAGACCCCUGCAUUUUAUGGUGGCAGAAAUAACUGCUGGCGAAAAUUAAACCUCAAAAACAUCCCCAGGACAAUGAUAAUAUAUGACAUAGUUCAUUAUGCAGAGUCUGGAAUAAUCUCAAACCGUCUACAAAAAGAAAUGAAGUAUCUAUUACAGAAGCCACAGACAGAAGAGAUGCAUGAGCACCAGCUACAAAUUGUUUCUGAAGUUAGAUGCCCUACAUCCUUUCCAACUAUCCAACCUUUGUAUCGGCCCUACCGACAACAGAGUCAAAUUAAGCAUCUGGGUCGUCGAUCCAAGCAAGCUCAAAUGAAAGUUGAAAAAAUGAAAAAAGCAUAUAAGAUGGCUAAAGAAAAAAAUGCUUCUGUGGGGACUGUAAGUUAA